UGGUGAGAAACAGAGGUAGGGACACUUCUAUAGUAAAAAUAGGGAAACUUUAAAGGGGGUGACGCAGUGUAAAAAAAAUAGGUAUAUUAGAAAAACAAUAAUUGGUAGACUGAUUGAUCGUUUGUUUUGCAGCGGCUACUGCAAGGAGUUGGAGGAGAACACAAAGUUAUAUUCAAAUCUAUACAGGUGUUCUGAACAUUCCGCUCAGUCCGUUAAGACAACCUUCGCAUUACGUAAGAGUGCAGUAACAGUAGAAAGGGAAACUUUAGUUUUAACCAAAACACAGAGGUUCGUAAACAUUGUGCAGAAUGCUGAGGUUUUUUUCAAUGAUUCUGGUGUGUGUUGGCAGCAUGUGCCUAUGUGCCAUGGCUCAGGGCGGGAACAAAGGCAAAGCAGGUGAAUAUGGGGUGAAGCUUUGUGGCAGGGAGUUUAUUAGAGCUGUGAUAUUCACCUGUGGAGGGUCCCGAUGGAAACGGUUGUCUUUGGACGUGGAUCCCUAUCAAAACGUGAACAAUCCUAUUAUGGGUGGUACUUUCAAAGAUUACUCCAAAGACAAUGACGACUUUGCUAAACUGUGGCCCAUCUUGCAAGGGUCACUGCUACAGAAGGCUGACUUGCCCUAUGAACAGGGAUCCAUGAAGGAGCUAUUUAACCUUAAUGACGACUACAGCGAUUACGAGCCCAUGUCCAACGACUUCAACGAGUACGUCCGGCAGGUCGCUGAAGCCAUGAGGAAGCAGCAGAUGGCCCUAAGUUACAGCGGCAAUGCCCGUGCUGCAUCCCCUGGCACCCCCUGGAUCAAGUCCCCACGGAAGAAACGGGACUUCUCCAUGGGCGUGGCGGGGAUGUGUUGCAAGUGGGGCUGCACCAAAGCUCAGAUCAGCAAACUCUGCUGAAAACAAAAGAAUCCACUUCAAUCAUUCAGUUGUAUAACUAUAUUUAUUCUAUGUCCAUGGACUGAAUGUCAUUGACAUGAAAAAAAAAAAACAUGUUACAUGUUAUGAGAACCUAUAUUACUCACAAGUGGAUUCUCACUUGAAUCAUAACUCUGUAAUUUUCAUGAAGGCCUCUGACCCGAGGUUGUAGAUGUUAUUAUGUUUCUUAGAAUAUAAUAAAGCUGUACAGGUUUUGUUUUUUUGCUG